AUUCAUUCUCUUCUUAAAAUCCUUUCUUUUCCGGAAGAGAAGGGUUGAGAGAGAGAAAGAGAGAGAGAGAGAGAGAGAGAAUGGAAGGGAAAAGGCAGAAAUCAGGAGAUGGUAGGAAGGGAGAGAAGAAGGAGAUGUAUCACGUGAUCCACAAGGUCCCGUCUGGCGACAGUCCCUACGUUCGAGCUAAACACUUUCAGCUAGUAGAAAAGGAUCCAGAAGCCGCCAUUGUUUUCUUUCGGAAGGCAAUAAACGCAGGGGACAGAGUUGACAGUGCACUGAAAGAUAUGGCAGUGGUGAUGAAGCAGCAAGACAGGGCAGAGGAAGCCAUUGAAGCCAUCAACUCCUUCAGGAAUCGCUGCUCCAAACAAGCCCAGGAAUCCCUGGACAAUGUCCUCAUUGACCUCUACAAGAAAUGUGGGAAAAUAGAAGAUCAGAUCGAGCUGUUGAAGAGGAAGCUAUGGAUGAUAUACCAAGGUGAAGUCUUCAAUGGCAAGGCCACGAAGACCGCCCGCUCCCACGGCAAAAAGUUCCAGGUCUCCAUCAAGCAGGAGACCUCCCGAUUACUGGGCAAUCUGGGCUGGGCAUACAUGCAACAGAUGAACUAUGCUGCAGCUGAGAUCGUAUACCGGAAGGCCCAGCUGAUUGAACCAGACACCAACAAAGCCUGCAACCUGGGCCUCUGCCUAAUCAAGCAGGCCCGAUAUGACGAAGCCCGCUCCAUUCUUGAGGAUGUCCUUCUUGGCAGAAUUACGGGCUCUGAGGACUGCAAGUCGGUGAAUCGGGCCGCUGAGUUGCUGCACGAACUCGAAUCACAGCAGCAGGCUUCGCCACUGACUACACCACCUAGGCUGAACCUUGAAGAGACAAUCGUGGAAGGGCUGGACCUGCUAAUGAGCGAGUGGACCCCAUUUCGGUCCAGGAGACUGCCCAUCUUUGAAGAGAUCUCUCCCUUUCGAGAUCAGGUGGCUUGCUGAUUUUCUUUUUUCAAUGGUGUUUGGGAGAUGAAUCAAUUCAAGGUUUUAAAUCACCGGAUCAUGUAUCGAAUCGGUCAUCACCGAUAUGGGGCCGUAUCGCCUUCCCCAUAUUGGGUUGAUAUGGGCAUAUACAGCCGUGUAUCAUUCAUGGAUGAUACCGGUACCAGGACACAUCAGCCGAUAUGAACUAGUUUCGGAUGGUACGUCUGAAACUUUAAACCUUGAAUCAGAUCAUCAAAGGGGGUUUGGCUUUUGUAAAUAGCCCAUGUAUAUGAGUGUAGUUUUGUAGUUGUCAUUUUGUUUGUGAGCUUUGCUAAGCCCUCACGCCUGCACAAAUCAGUUAAUGCACUACCACAUCUCCCAGCAUGGCAGAUAAUUGCAAUAUCCGAGCCAUUCAUUAGAAGGGUACCCACUAACCUAGAUUCUCUAUCUGAACAAAUCUACGGUUAGUAGAAAAUAUUGGCAGAAGUUUUCUUUGUUGUCCACUUAGUCCUAAUAUCAUGACUCUAUCUACCAAGUGGACCACUGUUAUUUUGGGGCAGUAACAUCUGCAUGGUGAUGACCACCUGAUGGAUGGCUUGGAUAUUUCACCUGUCUCCCACGCGCACAUGUGCGGCAUGGGCAUUAGCUGUUUUCUACACACGUGUUGUUUUGUCGCGCAGAUUGAAUAGUUUUCCAAUAAAUUAUUGGGAGAAAUAUGUAAAAGAGAUGCUGAUAUUUCCACUAUCUUUUUU